ACAGAGGGGCGGGGCGCGCGCGCACACACACACACACACACACACACACACACACUCUUAUGGAGCUCAACGUUUUCCCGCACGAGUCGGUGUCGGUGCACCGGACUGAGAGGAUCGAUGCGCACCAGCGGAACCAUGGCAACGGGUUUCUGCCUCGUGAAGGCGUGUGACGCAGCGGAUCGGCGGUAGGUCUGCCGCUCCCCAGUGAACCAUGUCCUCCUCCUCCUCCUCCUCCCCGUCCUCCUCCUCCCCGUCCCCGUCCUCUUCCUCGGAGCUGCCCUACUUUUGUCCUCGCUGUGGCGACGAGUUCCGCUUCUCGUCGGUCCCCGAGCUCCGGGCUCACCUGGUCAGCCGGCACACGUACGAGACGCUGCUGGUGCUGUCGCAGGCUCGGGUCCGAAGCUCCAGGCCGGGGGUCCUCCUCCCACUCCCCGGCCCCGCCGGGCCCCCGAGACAGAGCUCAUCCGUGGGCCUCCCCCUGCCGCUCGCCUGCCUGGAUCUCGCCUCGUCGUCUGCCUCCGUCAAACUGCUCAGGGAAAUGUUUGGCUCCCGCCACCGCGCCCCCCCUCCGGCGGAGCCCUCCGCCGCUCUGGCCUUGCCCGGUGCUCUGGACACUUUUGCUGGGAAGGAACUGGCCAGGGUCCUGGAGUUCGGGCUGUCGGUGGGCAUCGGGCUGGAGGAGCGACUGGGCCUGGGGCGGGACUGCAAAAUCGCCCGGACUUUCGCGGAGGUGGAGGAGAGGGUGAACCGCCGCGUGGGCCGGCUGAGGGCGGCGCUGCAGCGGAGGGAGGCGGAGCUGCAGCGGGCGAGGCGUGACGGGGAGCGACUGAGGAGCGAGAAGCAGGAGGUGGAGCAGAGGGCCACGUACCUGUCCAGACAGGUGUCGGCUGCUGCGGAGAUGAUGGAGCGACUGACCAAAGAUCUGCGGGGAAAAGAAAAGGAGCUGAACGAACGACAACAGGAGGUGGUCGACAUCGAGUGUUUCCUGAGGGCGACGGCAGAGAAAGAAGCCGAGGCCAAAACCAGACUCCAGAUGUUCAUCGAGGCGUUGUUGGAGCGAGCCGACCGCGCCGAGCGCCAGCUGCUGCGGCUCAACGCGCACGCGGACCACAACCACUACGCACGCCGCCACGACAAGUACGCGUACGCUGACCCGUACGCACCCUCCGAGGUGUACACACCGGGACCGGGCCGCGGGGGACGCAGCCUCGACGACGUGAUGCAGGGAACCGUCGGCAACCGGAGGAGCUACAGUGUCUCCGGCUCCUGCCGACUGGAGGAGCAGCUGCACCAGCAUCACUACAGCGGACACACGGGGCGAAUGCGAACCUCGUCGCUGGGUUCGGGGGGGUGGGACUGUGAUGGGGGGCUGGUCCACCUCCUCCACCCGCCUCACUACCCUCCGCCCUGGACCCGACCAGAGAGAGGAGGAGACGGGAGGAGAGAGAGAUUCUGGGUCGGGGAAGGAGGAUGGGGAAGAACAUGGAAUAACAGAAGCCGUCGUCACCACAGCACAGAGGAGGAUGAAGAGGAGGAGGAUGAAGAGGAGGAGGAUGAAGAGGAGGGGUGCUGGAGCAGUGCUGACAUGAGGAGGCUCGUCUUCGCCCGGCGACACACACCUGGAUCAGACGUCCUCUCCUCCCCAGGCUCCACCCCAUCCUGUCGCCAUGCCGACAGGCAGCUGGGGGCGGACCGCCUGAGGCUGAGGGCGGGCCUCUUCUGCGUCUUCCCAUAUUUGGACGUGCGCUCGUUGCUGUGUGCGGCCGAGACGUGCUCCGAUUGGCGGUUCGUCGCCAGGCACCCGGCGGUUUGGACACGCCUGCGGCUGGAGAGCGCCCGGGUGUCGGCCGAGUUCCUGACCACUCUGUCCCAGUGGUGCACUCAGACUCAGUCCGUCGUCCUCGACAACCUGAAACCACGAAGCAGACGAGCCAAUGAGACGCGAGAGGAUUACCACAGGGACACCAGGGGCAGCGUGGAGCCGGGGCUGGAGGCCCUGCUGCGGUCAGCAGGGGGCAGUCUGCUCCACCUGUCUGUGUCCCAGUGUCCACACGUCCUCACCGACCGGACGCUGUGGUUGGCCAGCUGCUACAGCAGGAACCUGCAGACGCUCACCUACAGGAGUUCAUCUGACCCUCUGGGUGCCGAGGUUCUCUGGGCCCUGGGUGCAGGCUGCAGGAACAUCAGCAGCCUGCAGGUGGCGCCGGCUCAUCCCUGCCAACAACCAACUCGCUUUGGAAACCGAUGCCUGCAGACGAUUGGUCGAUGCUGGCCACACCUCUGCUCGCUCAGUGUGGGCGGGGCCGGCUGUGGGACUCAGGGAUUGGUCGCCGUUGUGCGUACCUGUGCUCACCUGCAGGUGUUGGAGUUGGAGCGUGUCACUGACCUCGGCCUGCAGGUGGCGACUGAGCUGUGCGAGGUCGGACUGAAGGGUCUGCAUACGCUGAUUCUGUCACACACACCCGUCAGCGGUCAGGCCAUCCUGCACUUCCACAGUGAGUGUGGUGACCUCAGGUCCAUCAAGGUCGUCGUCUCGGCGUCAGAUUACUUUGAGGAGCCAGAGACGCAGGAAGCUCGGCACCUGUUUGGGGAAAUUCUCUGCACAUUGAAGGUUCUUCAGCAGCGUCCUGGACUGUGUGACGUCCUGCAGGUCAAAGCAGAAGGAUUCUGCUGACCUCGACACACACACACACACACACACACACACACACACACACACACACACACACACACACACACACACACACACAC